AUGGAUGGUGACGUGGCGACGAAGACGACGAAGACGAUGAAGACGACGACGACGACGACGCGGCGGGACGUCACGGCGAAGGAAAUCGAAAACAACGUCGACGCCGCCGGGCAUCUGCUCGCGGAGAGCAUGAAAGGCGCCGCGCACGGGCUGCACUCCAGGGCGCCGCGCGUGCUUCGACGCGUCCUUCGUCCGUCCGCGCGCGUCCUGCGCAGAGACGGCGAAACCGACGCUGACGUGGCGUUAUCGAGAGCGUACGACGUCGCGGAGAAGACGAUCGACGCGUUGGCGAAGCACACGAGACGCGGGAAGUGCGCGGCGAUGUGGUCGCGCGCGUUGAGAGCGGCGAGGCGGGCGUGCGCGGCGGUCAAGGCGAAGGGAGAGGACGGCGACGACGCCUCCGGCGACGAGAGCUCCGGCGACGACGACGACGACGACGACGCGCGUUCCGUGAACGACGCGCCGUCGAGCGUGUCUCAGAUGUUGAGACGCUGGCUCGAGAUCAACGCGCGCGACGCGCACGACGUGAGCGCCAAGGGCGGGAACGUGAUGGAGUACGCGAAGCGCUCGCAAGUCUCCGUGGCGGCGAUGACGCGCGCGGUCGACGCGGGCGUGUGCGACGGCGACGACGGCGACGACGGCGACGACGGCGACGGAAUCUCUUCCGUCGCCGCCGUCGCGAUGACGAAAUGCGCCGCCGGCGCGUUGCACGUCCGCCUCGCGACGCUGUGGCCGGAGGUGAUCAAGCUGACGGCCGCGCUCACGACGCGGACGCGGACGCACGCGGCGGCGUGGACGGUGGUGUUCGGCGACCUCACGGAGACCAUGCGCGGGUGUUUGGACGCGCACGACGCCGCGGCGGCGCGAGCGGCUGAGGCGAAGAAAACGAAAACGAAAACGGGCGGCGAACGCGGCGGCAAGCGCGCGGCGUGGGACGAUUUCGAAGGCGGCGACGGUUCCGGUUCGAACGCCACCACCGAGGCCGCGGCGACGCUUCAGAGACGCAUGGCCCUCGACACGGUGCCCGUGGAGCAAGGCGUCGAGCGGUGGGCGCGAUUAGGGCUCCUCCUGCGCUGCGUCGCGGCGUCGCCGUCGGCGGCGAGCCGGCACCCGCUCCCGAUCGCGCGUCUCUUCCUCGCGUACAACGCGCCGAAACCCGACGGCACGCCGCGCGCGGGGAAGGCGUGGCGGCAGGGCCUGCGCGAGUGGCUCAAGCUCCUGCUGGACGCGCUGAACGGCGGGAAGCCGCUGAAGGCGUUGGAGCGCGGCGUCGGCGACGCGACGCGCGCGGUGCUCGAGCGGACCGUCUCCGCGGAUGAGCCGGACCUCGCGUCGCUCGCGGUGAGAUGCCUCGCGAGCUGGCGCUUGCCGCACCUCACCCCGGAUUUGGCGUCGCGGCUCGUGAGGUUGACGUCUUUGGACACCGUGAAGGACGAGCUCACGUCGUUGAAGCUCGACGAGCCUCAGGACGGAGGGGGCGGGAACGACUCGGCGGCGGCGGCGGCGGUGCCGCCAGAGCACCGUCCCGCGUUCGCGAAGCUCGUCGUGAGGUGCCUGCUCCCGCGUUUAAAGCGACGGAGCGGGAGACACGCGCCGCUGCGCGCGGCCGCGCUCGCGUGGAUCGGGCGGUUAGACCCCGCGGAGAUCGUCCCUCUCGUGUAUUCCGUGAUCGCUCCGCUCGAGCCCGUCGCGGCGCGACGACGUCCGGACGCGGGACCGGGACCGGCAUCGACCGACGUCGAACUCGAUCUCGUUCUCGAUCUCGAUCUGUUCCCGGCCGCGUCGACGCCGUGGCAGGACGCGCUCGUCGCGACCGCGGCGGGCGACGCCGUCUCCCGCGCGGGGUGGCGCGCGCUCGUCGCGGACGCGAACGUCGGCGCGCUCGCGC